UCCCAGCUAUGUUAGAAAUGGAAAAAAAAUUUGGGAAAACUUUUCGUUUAUAUUUUGCGAUCGAACCAAAUGUUAUGAUGGGCGAUUCUAAAUCACUUGAAUUUCUUUUAAGUUCAAAUUCGAUUAUCGAUAAAUCAGCUACUUACGAUUACUUUAAUCGAUGGUUAGGAACCGGACUGUUAACGAGUACAGGUGAGAAAUGGAGAAAAUACCGAAAAACUUUAACACCAGCUUUUCACUUUCAAAUAUUAGAACAGUUUAUGGACGUUUUUAAUUCAACUACUGAUAUUUUAAUCGAAAAACUUUCGAAAAAUAUUGAUAAACCUGAUGUGGAUAUUUAUCCUUUUAUACAAUUAUGUGCUUUAGAUGUUAUUUGCGAAUCAUCAAUGGGAACUUGUAUAAACGCCCAGCUUGAAUCCAACUCAAAAUACGUUAAAAGUGUUAAAGAGAUGGCUCGAAUCGUGAUCGAACGUGGAUUUUCACCGAUACAAAUGUUUGAAACUUUAUACAAAUUCACUUAUAAUUACUAUUUGGAAUUGCGUAGUUUAAAAGUGUUGCAUAAUUUUUCAAUGGGAGUUAUUCAAAAUCGAAAAUCUUUACUAGAAAACGAAAAAGUCCAAGAUGAUAUCGACGAUUUUGGAAUUAAAAAACGAUUAACUUUUCUCGAUAUACUUUUAAAGUCGAAAGUUGAUGGAAAACCAAUUCCCGAUGUAUGUAUUCGUGAAGAAGUCGAUACUUUCAUGUUUGCUGGGCAUGAUACGACUUCUUCUGCGAUUACUUUUACUUUAUACUGUUUAUCAAAUCAUCAAGAAAUUCAGCAAAAAGUUAUUGAUGAACUAAAAGAAAUUUAUAAUAAUGAUUGGAAUAGACCGAUUUGUUAUCGUGACCUACAAAGUAUGAAAUAUUUGGAAUCCGUUAUUAAAGAAUCGCUUCGCUUGUACCCCCCUGUUCCUCUAAUUGGGCGACAAGCUAUUAACGACGUCGAAUACGAUAAUAAAAUAAUUCCAAAAGGAACGAUGAUAAACGUUUUUAUUUACGGAGUACAUAGAAACCCCGAUUUCUUUCCAGACCCUUUAACGUUCAAGCCGGAUAGAUUUAAGUCUGAGAAUACGAUAAGCAAUCAAAAUCCAUAUGCUUACAUUCCUUUUAGCGCCGGGACAAGAAACUGCAUUGGUCAAAAGUUCGCUAUGCUAGAGAUAAAAGCAACCGUAUCAAAAAUUCUUCGUCAUUUCGAGUUGUUUGAGACAAAACCUAGACAUCAAGUUCAACUCACAGUCGAAAGCAUAUUGAAAUCUAAUAACGGAGUGAAAAUGAGUAUUAGGAAACGCAAACUGGAGUAAAUAAGUUUUGAAAGCUUAAAGUUUAUCUGGAUUUAUUGUAAUCACCAAAUAAAAUUAUGUAUUAU